UUUAGAACAAGGCUCAUCAACAAAAAGUAACGAUGAUGAAGUUCUCAAUUCUUCUACUAGUAAUGUUCGCUGUGAUGGAGGUGAGUUGCGACAAGCUGGUGGAAAGAGAUCUGGAGACUGAUGGUAUAGAGGACAACAUUGAGGCGAUAUACUAUAAAAUGUCUGGCAGUGACGAUAGCAUUAUACAUAAACGAGCCUCUAGUUGCAGCGAAAGUUUUAAAAAGAGGUGUACCAGGAGAGGGAUGAACUGUAAUGUGUGGGGAGGCGGUUUCUCCUGCGUCUGGUAACCAUGGUAACUCUUCUCACCAUGCUUCACAUCCCGUAUAAAGGUAACACCUCCCCCGCCCGUGCACUCCCCUAUAUACUACCAGCACACCAGCACACAACUACCUGCACACUUCCGGACUACGGAGUUUGGAAGAGCAGCUUUUGAUAUCCGAACUAUUUUACUAUCCGCGUACUUCGAGCAGAUUAUGAUUUUGGACAAAAGGAUACAGUUUCGUUCAGUUUUAGCUGGUUUGGGAUUGAGUUUGCUGAAUUAAUUUAUUGGGUGCAAAUUUUUAAAAAUCAUACCAAAUUUAAAUGUUUAAACGUUUAGCUGAUUAGUUGAAUUUAGGGCUUACAUCUUAUUGUUAACGUUUUAGUAACGUAGAAAUCUGGAAAACUUUUUUCAUGCUUUUUUCGUGCUGAUCUACAAGUGCUACGAAACUCCAUAACUUUUCUCAAUUAGUAUUAUUUCUUUCCCUACAUCUCAACAAUAUCAAUCUAUUUGUAAAACAAAACUGAAGAUUUUAAGUUAAGUUUGGCAUUCAUUUAAUUGUUGAACUGUCAGUUUUACCGUUUUACCCAAUUCUUAUACAUUCCAAAAUGUAGCAACGGCCAAGGUUUUAAAUUUAGAAGGAACGUAAAUGACAUGUAAUUUAGAUCAAGGUUCAUCAAGUUCCUCAAUAAAAGAUAUGAUGAAGUUCUCAAUUCUUCUACUGGUCACUUUUGCUGUGAUGGAGGUGAGUUGCGGCAAGCUGGUGGAAAGAGAUCUAGAGGCAGAUGAAAUGGAUGAUAAUAUUGAGGCGAUAUAUUACAAGCUAUCUGAUGUUUCUGAAAAUGGACCAGUCAAAAGAGCAGCAAGUUGUAGUGAAAGAGCCCAGAAGAGGUGUAACAGAAAUGGAAUGAACUGCAAUGUGUGGGGAGGCGGUUUCUCCUGCGUCUGGUAACCAUGGUAACUCUUCUCACCAUGCUCCACAUCCCCCAAAACAAGUUAGUUAUAAUAUUUUACGAGUAGUAAAUUAGUAAUUCGAUUGCUAAGGUUUUUGAUUGUAAUAGAUGCUGUCACUAUUGGUUUCGAAUCCUGCUCGAUAAGAAGAAUUAUUUUAAGUAUGCAUAUUUUUAGAUUGAUCUUAGCUCUUGUAUAGAGGUUAAAUGAGAAAUGAAAUUAUUGUUUCAAGGUUUAAAAAACUAAAUCUAGCACUUUUUUCAGGUCCCCCCCCCCCCCCUCACUGAUAUUUCUCGCUUUGGAACGCUUUGGAAAACCGAACGUUCUAGACAUCUAUGGACUUGAAACCGUACUUUUUAUAAAAGUUUAUUUUUGGUCAGACAAGAACAAUUCUACAGUUUUUUCGACAACUUUUGGGAUUGUUAAAGUUUAAGAUUUUCAAAAUUGAUGUUCUUGAUAUCAAAGCGUUGUUAAUUAAACAAACAUUUAAAUUUUCAAUUUUAAUUCUGUUCGUUUCACGCUGAAAUUUUCAAUUCCAUUAAGAAGUUUAAAUGAUGAUUGGUAAACUUAUGAUAUCUGUUGCAAUACAAUUCAUUUUUCAAGUGCAGUAUUUUU